GUGGCACUGUCAAAUUUUCGAUCGCGGCACAAGAUUUAUAAGUCGUAAAUCAAGAUGGCUGCCGCUAUGCUGACCUCCUCCUUCGUGGCCCGGGGUGCCGCCCGGCCGGCCACCAAGCUGCCCAAGAGCAACGGCUCGCGCGUUGUUAUGAAGGCAGGCAACUGGUUGCCAGGCAGCGACACCCCAGCCUACCUUGACGGUCUCCCAGGGUCAUUCGGCUUCGACCCCUUCGGUCUGGGCUCCACCCCCGCCAACCUGCAGCGCUUCCAGGAGGCCGAGCUGGUGCACUCCAGGUGGGCCAUGGCCGGUGUUGCCGGUGCCCUCGGCGCAGAGCUCCUGGGCCAGGGAGACUGGUACCAGGCACCCCUCUGGGCUGUCAACGGCGGCGCUCCCACCUACCUGGGCAUCCCCGUCCCCUUCAACCUGUCCACCCUCCUCGCCAUUGAGUUCGUGGCCAUUGCUGGAGCAGAGGCGCAGCGCAACGCAGAGCCGGACGCAGAGAAGCGCAAGUACCCCGGCGGCGCAUUCGACCCCCUCGGCUUCUCCAAGGACUCCAAGGUCCUCGAGGAGAACAAGCUGAAGGAGCUGAAGAACGGCCGCCUCGCCAUGCUCGCUUUUGUUGGCUUCAUCGCCCAGCACGCAGCCACUGGCAAGGGACCCCUUGAGGCCCUCAAGCUCCACCUGGCCGACCCGUGGGGCGCCAACUUUGCCACCAACGGCGUCUCCAUCCCGUACCUCACCUAAGCGGCUGAAGUCUCCGGCACAUUAUCGGGCGCAUCUGCUAGUGUUUGCUAAUUUUUGGGCAUAGCGCUGGAGAAUUUUGCGCCUGCAGAGGAGUUGCUGCCUGCGGCGAUGGUGCUGAAUGUGUGAAAGGCCGUGGCUACUAGCCAUCUGGCUUUCUUUGCGAAUUGGUUACCACUUCUGACGUUGUGUAGGGACAAUUUUGAGGGUGCCUUUGGUUCUGUCGACCGAGGCAUGAGAUGAGUCAGGAGGCAUGUUGUUUGUUUUCUGCAGAUCAAACCAUGAGCAUUGUUGUAAAUCCUGAAGGUACUGAGAAGAACAUCUACUUUAGUAGAGCUUGUAAAAGUAUUGGC